AUGGAGUGUCUUUUCGGAAUUACAGGCAAUGGAUUUACUUUACUCGCUGCCGAUACUAUCAGUGCUCGUAGCAUCGUUGUCAUGAAAGGCACUGAAGAUAAGUCUCGUGAAUUGAACGCGCACACUGUUUUGCUCUACACUGGUGAACCAGGAGACACUGUCAACUUUGCUGAAUACAUUCAACGCAACAUCAAGCUCUACGGCAUCAGAAACGGUAUUGAACUUAGCCCUAAAGCCACAGCCACUUUUACCCGUCGUCAACUUGCUGAUUCACUUAGAAGCAGACACCCUUACUCAGUCAAUUUGAUUAUUGGUGGUUAUGAUGCAAAGAAACAGCAACCCGAGCUUUACUGGAUCGAUUAUCUUGGAGCCAUGGCAUCAUUACCAUUCUGUGCACAAGGCUACGGUGCUUAUUUCUGUACAUCACUCAUGGAUAGAUACUACAAAGAGAAUAUGGAUGUCGAAGAAGCAAAGAAGUUGAUGAGCAUGUGCAUACAAGAACUCAAGACUAGAUUUAUCGUUAAUAUGCCAAAUUUCAAGGUUCAAUUAGUCGAUAAAGAUGGUGUACAUCAAGUUGAAUUGUAG